GGGAGAGGGGCUGGAGGGGCGAAAUCAUCCUAUCCUCCUCAGGAAGGCACUGCUGCUUGGAACAGUUUCCUUCUGCACUCAGAUGUAACCGGAUAAAAUGCUGAAGUUCUUCUCUUCGCGGGAUGACGAGAAUGAAAGCCUUUUGGCGGCGAUAACUGAGGAUGAAGGAGACAAUCCGUCUCUUCAGGACACCAAGCACCACUGGUUGAACAGACCGUGCCUGCUGGUGCUGAAAGAUGGGGACGUAUCCAAACCUGGGUUGGGAUGUGGCCAAAUACAGCCAGAGUCUCCCUCGAAGACCCCAUCUGAUGCACCAGUGAGAAGCAGCUUUGGCACAUGUGAGCAGAAACCAUCAGAACAUCCUGCCAACACUGCGUCUCCCUCCCAGCUAGAGGAAGGCAGCUGCACUGUGACCUCCAUCUCCACAUGGGGUGAGAGCUGUUUCGGGGAGCCUUCCUGCCCCUUGGUGCUGAGUCCUGCGGAGGCUGCAUGGCCAGAAGAAGAUGUGGAGGAAAAGGAGAAGGAGAAGGAGAGAAAGCCUCAAGUUCUCCCGUCUAAGGAGGACUCUGUGAUCGAGGAGAAGGAGCUGGAGGAGAGCAGGCUGGAGCAGCAAGAGCAGUCCUGCAGCUCAGAGGUGACCACAGCAUCCUCUGCUCCCUCUCAGGAGGAGACGCUCGGCAGGAGGUCCAAGGAGCUGCAGGGUCAGUUUAGGAUGAUCAAAUCUGAGGGAGAAGAUGAGACGGAUAGCAACACUGGUGAUGAGGGAGCAAUGGGGGACUGUGCUGCCUCCCCUGUGGAUCCUGACAACGAGUUACAGUCCAGCCCUGUUGGCAUUCUGUCCAAAGAUCGAGGCACCUUGCUCGGGGAGGUGGCUCCUGUGUGGAUCCCUGAUUCUCAGGCAGAGGUCUGCAUGAAGUGUGGAGUCAAGUUUACGUUUACCAAGAGGAGGCACCACUGCCGUGCAUGUGGGAAGGUUUUCUGUGCAGUUUGCUCCAACCUGAAGUUCAGACUCUUACAUCUCGAUGGAAAGGAGGGACGAGUUUGUGUUUCCUGUCACUCAGCUCUCAUUAGAAGUACACCCCCAAGGGGGAAAAGAAAGGUGUGGUUUGCAGAUGACAUCCUCCCAAGUAAGCAGUCAGAGUCUGCACCGACCACACCGACCAGAGGACCUACGUUUUCUCCACUAAUGAGACGAGCGCUGGGGGGGGCGGUCAGAAGUCCUGUUGGUUCACCGCAGCUCAGGAGAGCCUCAAGGCCACGUGGGACUAAUAUCAAUGAGGCGUGUGGUCCAUACGGCUGGGGCACCACAGCUUUAGUGAGCAGCUCUGUCAACCUCAUCCCCCUGAAUGGCUUGCCGCCAAUCCUCACCUCCACAGGGGUCAAAGGAGAUUACACUGUGGAGGAGCAGCCAUCUGAGAUGUUGCUUAUCCAGGAGCUGGAGAGUGGCCGGCCCAAGCCCCUGGUGUUUGUUCUCAAUGCCAACCUACUUGCGAUGGUCAAGCUGGUCAACUAUGUGAACAGGAAAUGCUGGUGUGUGACGACAAAGGGAAUGCAUGCUGUGGGCCAGGUGGAGGUGGUGGUGCUGCUGCAGUGCUUACCUGAAGAGAAAAGCUUCCCCAAAGACAUUUUCAGCCACUUCAUCCAGCUGUACAGGGACACACUCACAGGAAAAGUUGUGAAACACCUGUCGCUGUCCUUGUUUGGUAGUAGUUUCCUGGGAAGCCAGGAGCAUGCAGGCUUCUUGUAUGUUCGCUCCACUUUGCAGUCCCUUCAAGGUCUACCUCUGCCAAACCAGCCCUUCCUCUUUGGCCUGCUGGUCCAUAGGGCAGAGGUAGCAUGGGCCAAAGCCUUUCCUGUGCGCCUCGUGUUAAGAUUGGGGGCCGAAUACAGAUUUUACCCGUGUCCCCUGUACAGCGUGCGCUUAAGGAAACCUUUGUUUGGGGAAAUAGGCCACACCAUAAUGAGACUGCUAGUGGACUUUAGGAAUUACCGUUACAGCCUUCCAAUGGUGCCAGGACUCACUGUGGAUCUGGAAGCUCAGAGGACCUGCAUAAAGAUACCCACAACUGGGUAUAAUGAGCUAAUGAAGGCUUUGAAUAAGUCCAAUGAGCAUGUGCUGGCCAUCGGGGCGUGCUUCAACGAGACUGCAGACUCCCACCUCAUCUGUGUGCAAGGAGAAGAUGGCCAGUAUCAGACACAAGCCAUCAGCAUCCACAAUCAGCCACGCAAAGUGACUGGAUCAUGCUUCUUUAUAUUCAGUAGUGCACUGAAAGCGUCUGCAGGAUACCUUGCCAAGUCCAGCAUUGUUGAAGAUGGGCUCAUGGUUCAGAUCACUGUGGAAACCAUGGCGGAGCUCCGUCGGUCACUCCGGGAGAGGAAAGACUACACCGUCACCUGUGGGCGGCUUGACCAAUCAGACAGCCAGGAGCUUGUUUGUGUACAGUGGGUGGAGGAGAAAUGCACUGUAAAUAAGGGAGUUAUAAGCCCCAUCGAUGGCAAAUCCAUGGAGUCCAUCAGCAGUAUAAAGAUGUUCCAGAAGUCUGAGUAUAAAGAAAACGGAAAGAUCAUCCGCUGGACUGAAGUGUUCUUUCUGCAGAGAGCGGAUCAUCCCAAAGGAGAUGCAUUCGACUCUGCAGAGCAUAACCGCUUAACGGAGCGGAUCGCCCGGGCGUUUUGCCUGGCGCUGUGUCCACACCUCAAACUGCUGAAAGAGGACGGGAUGGCUAAACUGGGGCUGCGUGUCGCUUUUGAAUCUCAAGAGGUGGGAUUUGUGGCAGGCAGCAAUGGGCAGCCCCUCCCAGCUCAGUACCUCAACGCCCUGGAUAGCGUGCUCAUCCCCGUCAUACACAGCAGGGGUCGCAAGAGAGGUGACGAGCCUAUAGUGAUGGAGUUUAUCUUUUACAUCCUGGAGAACAUCACUUAGAGCGCAGAACACAUGUAUUUCAUCUCUCUAACCCUGACCACAACUCUGACUCUGGCACUCUCCAUCAAGUUCUGCCAUCAAUUUCAGGGUCGAUAAAAGCAUUCAAAGGGCGAACCAGACUACAUCUAUGGUCUGCAUCCAUCACACCCAUUCACAAAAGUAGAGAGAAAGGGUCUGACUCUUUGUGGUUCUCUGAUCUCACACUGCCCUGCAGUAGACAAUCUGGGUACGCAUGCCACCUAGGACACAUCAGAUCAGGGUACAGCAUUGUACAGUAGUAGCAACUUUGUAGCUUCAUAUCAUUCAUUGUUCAAUACACAUGCCCAUGAAGAAAUAACCUUUAAUAUGGGUGCUGGAUUCAGCCCCACAACCUUAAUGCAAAGAGAAAAAGAGAAUGACUUAAAGUCCUUUAUGUAGUAGAUCUGUAGCAAUUUGAUGCACACUGAAUGAAUGCCUAAAGAAUGUUUUCUUACUGGAAUCUAUUUUAAAAGAUUGCUCGUGAAAUGUUAUGUCAGCCUGGAAUUAAACUUGCAACAAUGA